CAUACUACAUAGCAUACAUAGGAUAUCUUAAAUUAAAAAAUUCCCGAAUCUCAGUCACAGAAGAAAGAAAGAAGCAACAACGUGUGUACACGAUCUACAUUUUUUGUCCAAUCCUAAAUUCAAUUCAUCUACCAAUCAACUCACUCACACUGUAAAAAUUAAAAUUAAAAUUAAAAAUAAAAUUAUAACAGUCUCAGAGAUUAAUUUUCCAGCACCGCCACCACCACCACCACCACAACAACAACAACACACACAGAUUCAUUCAUUUCAUAGCUUUUUCUUUUUAACAACACUUUCUCUUUUUUCCUUUCUUAUUCUUAUAAAUACCAUUUACUCAUUCUAACAAACUCAUUUUCAUUGCUAUCUAUAUUUCCAUAUUCAUUGCUACAUGAACAGACAAACAAACAUCAUCAUUGUUUCAUUCUUAACAAAAACAAUAAUUAAGGUUGUCUUUUCUUUUUCUCUCUCUUUCUUUCACUCUUCCAAUCUCAGAUCUCUCUCAACAGUUUCUUAACCCCAUUUUCAGAUCAUUCUUAAUAGAUCUCAUCUUUCGAUCCAUCAUUUCCUCUUUUUUCUAUGUCUUUCUUAAUUUGCUUAUUAUUAUUUUUGUGAUCCAAGGUUCAGUUUUUAUGGUUAAUUUGUUUCUCAAGUUGCUUUUGUUUUAAUUAGCUAUAAAGGGUUCUAGAUGGCAAAACCAAGUGCUGCUGAUAAUAGGACUAGAAGCUCUGUGCAGAUCUUUAUAGUAGUUGGUUUGUGCUGUUUCUUCUAUAUAUUGGGAGCAUGGCAAAGAAGUGGAUUUGGAAAAGGAGAUAGCAUAGCAUUAGAGAUUACUAAGAAUAAUGCCGAAUGUGAUGUAGUUCCAAAUUUAAGUUUUGAUUCACAUCAUGCUGGAGAAGUUAGUCAAAUCGAUGAAUCCGAUUCAAAGGCUAAGGUGUUUAAACCGUGUGAUGCUCGUUAUACUGAUUACACUCCGUGUCAAGAUCAACGGCGUGCUAUGACUUUUCCGAGAGAAAACAUGAACUAUAGAGAGAGACAUUGCCCUCCAGAGGAAGAGAAGUUACACUGUAUGAUCCCUGCACCAAAAGGGUAUGUAACACCUUUUCCAUGGCCUAAGAGUAGGGAUUAUGUUCCGUAUGCUAAUGCACCUUACAAGAGUCUCACAGUUGAGAAGGCCAUUCAGAAUUGGAUCCAAUACGAGGGAAAUGUGUUUAGAUUCCCUGGUGGCGGAACUCAAUUUCCUCAAGGUGCUGAUAAAUAUAUUGAUCAACUUGCAUCUGUGGUUCCUAUAGAUGAUGGGACAGUGAGGACAGCGCUCGACACCGGUUGUGGGGUUGCAAGUUGGGGUGCAUAUCUAUGGAGCAGAAAUGUUGUUGCCAUGUCGUUUGCACCAAGGGACUCUCACGAAGCACAAGUGCAAUUUGCUCUUGAAAGGGGUGUACCUGCUGUUAUUGGUGUUCUUGGAACAAUAAAGUUGCCAUAUCCAUCUAGAGCCUUCGACAUGGCUCAUUGCUCUCGCUGUUUGAUUCCAUGGGGAGCAAAUGCUGGAAUAUAUAUGAUGGAAGUUGAUAGAGUUCUAAGGCCUGGUGGUUAUUGGGUGCUUUCUGGUCCUCCAAUCAAUUGGAAGGUCAACUACAAACCAUGGCAGAGACCAAAGGAGGAACUCGAGGAAGAACAAAGAAAUAUUGAAGAGGUUGCUAAGAAACUUUGCUGGGAGAAGAAGUCUGAGAAAGCUGAAAUUGCCAUUUGGCAAAAGACUACCGACUCUGAAUCUUGUCGUAGCAGACAAGAUGACUCCAGUGUACAAUUUUGUGAAGCAUCAGAUCCUGAUGAUGUCUGGUAUAAGAAAAUGGAGGCUUGCGUUACUCCGACACCUAAAGUUUCUGGUGGUGAUCUUAAACCAUUUCCAAACAGGCUAUAUGCCAUCCCUCCUAGAGUUUCUAGUGGCUCUAUUCCUGGAGUUUCUUCUGAGACAUACCAGAAUGAUAACAGAGAGUGGAAAAAGCAUGUUAGUGCUUACAAGAAAAUUAAUUCACUCUUGGAUUCCGGUAGAUAUCGCAACAUUAUGGAUAUGAAUGCUGGUUUGGGUAGUUUUGCUGCAGCUAUUCAUUCGUCGAAGUCAUGGGUCAUGAAUGUUGUACCAACUAUAGCCGAGAAGAGUACUCUCGGUGCAAUAUAUGAGCGAGGACUGAUUGGCAUCUAUCAUGAUUGGUGUGAAGCCUUUUCCACAUAUCCAAGGACAUAUGAUCUCAUUCAUGCUAAUGGCCUCUUUAGUCUGUACAAGGAUAAAUGCAAUACGGAAGACAUUCUUCUUGAGAUGGACCGCAUUUUGCGACCAGAAGGUGCUGUCAUAAUCCGCGACGAAGUCGAUGUAUUAAUUCAGGUAAAGAAAUUAAUCGGAGGAAUUAGAUGGAAUAUGAAAUUGGUUGAUCACGAAGAUGGUCCUCUUGUUCCUGAGAAAGUACUAAUUGCUGUCAAACAAUAUUGGGUUACUGAUGGAAAUUCCACAUCAACACAAUAAUCACCCGAAAAACAAGUUGAAAUUACAUCCCUACCCUUUUCUAUAUACAACAAUAGUCAAAGAGUUCAUAUGGUUUUGAUUCAUCAUCACAACUGUGGCAGAGAGUAGGGUCUAAAGAACUUGCUCCAAGUUUAUGCUACACAAAUCAAUUUUGGUGUUGAAUUUAAUUUAACAAUGCAGAAUGUUGCAUUCAAGAAUAGGAGCACCCUUCUCUCUAUGCCACUAUCUCCCCUAAUAGUUUUAUUUAUUUAAAUUAAAUGUUUUGCUUUGUAACCAAAAGAAAAAAAAAAGAGAGUAGUUAUAUUUCUGCAUUUUAAGUUGUAGCCAAUCCAUUUUGGUCAAUUGUAUUGAUGGUAAUAACUUUUCAACAUUUUGUAAACUAUAGGUUGCUAUUCUUCAUUUACUUAUUUUUAAAACAAGGAGAAUGUUAACUUGUGCCCUUAA